CUAGCUUGAGGCUGUGGGGCUGGCGGGAGCUUCUCUUCCGGGAGCUGCGGAGUCUGUUGAAGAGCUUGCGGGCCCGCUGGAGCUAACGAACGUGAGAAGACAACAUAAAGUGCUGCGGUGUAUUCAAGAAUUUUGUGAACUCCCUAGCUUCAUACUUUGGGCUAACAAUGUCAGCUGAAAUACCACUAAACAUUAAUAUCAAGGAACCACGAUGGGAUCAAAGUACUUUUAUUGGAAGAGCCAGUCAUUUUUUUACUGUAACUGACCCACGAAAUAUUUUAUUAACUAAUGAACAAUUAGAAAAUGCAAGACAGAUUGUGCAUGAUUACAGAAAAGGAAUUGUAUCCCCUGGGCUCACAGAAAAUGAAUUGUGGAGAGCAAAAUAUGUCUAUGAUUCAGCUUUUCAUCCUGACACUGGUGAAAAGAUGAUUUUGAUAGGAAGAAUGUCAGCUCAGGUUCCUAUGAAUAUGACAAUCACAGGCUGUAUGAUGACUUUUUAUAGAACUACUCCCGCAGUGCUGUUCUGGCAAUGGAUUAACCAGUCCUUCAAUGCUGUUGUGAAUUAUACAAACAGGAGUGGUGAUGCCCCUAUUACUGUUAGCCAAUUGGGAACAGCCUAUGUAUCUGCAACCACAGGCGCUGUAGUAACUGCACUAGGACUUAAUGCACUAACCAAGCAUGUUUCACCCCUUAUAGGACGUUUGGUUCCUUUUGCUGCUGUAGCUGCUGCUAAUUGCAUUAAUAUUCCAUUAAUGAGACAAAGGGAACUCCAAGUUGGUAUUCCUGUUACAGAUGAAAAUGGAAACCGAUUAGGUGAAUCAGUCAAUGCUGCCCAACAAGCAAUAGCACAAGUGGUUGUCUCAAGGAUUCUCAUGGCAGCUCCUGGCAUGGCCAUCCCUCCAUUUAUAAUGAACACUUUGGAGAAGAAAGCAUUUUUAAAGAGAUUCCCCUGGAUGAGUGCCCCUAUUCAAGUUGGAUUAGUUGGUUUCUGUUUGGUGUUUGCUACGCCUCUGUGCUGUGCAUUGUUUCCCCAGAAAAGUUCCAUGUCUAUCACACGCUUGGAGCCAGAAUUGAAAGCCAAGAUUCAAGAGACCAGCCCUGAAUUAGAACGAGUGUACUUUAAUAAGGGAUUAUAAAUUGGAAGAAGACUUGGAACACAUCAAGGAUUAUCAUGCAAACCCCAACACAUUGUGCCAGUGUCGGUAAAAAGAACUCUUUGACUUAAGUUCUUAUAGUUAGUUAAUUAUUCCAUAGUGUCCAAAUUUACCUUAUUGUCUAAUUCUGUUACUUAGAAUUAUGUCUCAGUUCACAGGACCUUGUUAUCAUUGUGAGAAAAUCCAUCCUGUUACUUUCAGGGUUAUUGUUUUGGAAGAAAUUUUUAACAGCCCACAUCCAGCACAAAACUGGGCACAUAGUAGGCACUUAAGACAUAUUUGUUGAUCAAUUGAUUAAAAAAUGUUUACAUUAAAUAUCAAGCAAUGGAAGGUGAUUGAAAAAAAAUAGAUCCAGCUUGCAUCCCCCUCUAUAUAAAGUCAAGAGAAUCUCCACAUGUAGAAGGGAUUCAGAGAAGGCCAAAGAUUAAGAGCUCUGAAAUCAUAACUCUUGACAUGCAACCUGCCACCGCCUCUGUUAUAUGCAACACAGACCCAGGUUUUUGCUUCUUUUCCAUAAGCUCAAAUCUCAAAUCAAAAGAUACUUUGCAGUCCUCUUUGUUUAAUAAAAUAAAGGCCAAAGUUAUAAGCCCUUUCCUCUUGGUAAUUUUUUCCAUAUAAUGAUCAUGGAUAAUGAAUUUCUUUUUGGUAUAUCCUAUUCUAUUUGUUUUUAAAUUCCUAGAGAGGCAUCCACCUCCCUCUGAAAUAAUUGAUAUUAUUUGGAAUUGUAUUACACAUUACUAAUUACUUAAAAUAACAUUAUACGAAAUCACUGAAAGUUAUAAAACUAUUACAGUUUAUAAUACUGUAUUUUUAAAAAUAUAUUUAAAAUGAUAUUUAAUCAAGAUCGUCUGAUUUUUUGAAAUUAGUAUUUCAGCAAACACUUGCUUAUGUGUCUAGUUCCUUGUGUUGGCUUUUAUUUCAAGGUCUUCUUGGCUUUGAGAAAGACCAAGGAAACUUACUGUAUUUUAUUAAUUUGUUAGUGACUUUACAAACUGUACUUGAAUGUUUUCUAUUGCAUUCCAUCUUCUGUUUGAAUAUAGUAAAUAUGCAUACCACUCUGUUUAUAUCAUCUGUAACAAUUGGCUGUAUAAUAUACUUGACAUAAGAUUAGACAUUAAACUUCAAGUUUAUAGGUGUUCAAAGUAAUAUACAAGAUGACUGGGUGUAUCACUGAAAGUAGAUUAUUAUUAUGCAGAGACUAAAGAUAGCUAAUGUAUGGACAUUUAGAAAAACAGUAGAAUAAUGAGAUAUUUUUACUGAGUGAUCAGAGUAAAUUUUCUCACAAACAAGAUUUAUUGCCUUGUUUCUGUGUUUUUCAUCUAAAAGGAUUAACAGAUCUGAAGCUUUAGUCUCCUUGAAUGAGCUUUUCUUGUAUCUCUUCCAUCAUUCUUUCAACCUCACAUUUUGGUCUUAAAACUGUCUAGAUGGAGAAAAAUGGCUACCCCAGUAUAUUCUGACAUUGGAUAUAUUUUAUUGCAAUAAACAUGUCUAUAGAAAAACCUGACAUUCCACACAGAUCUUUAUAGUUUGCUUGUUAGAUCUUUGAUUAGUUACAUGCAUAAAGAUGCAAAGAAGCCACACAUAAUAUAUUCAUGACAGUAUACUUAUCAAUUUCCAUAUAUUCCAUUUACCUAAAUUGACCUUGAAUUUCUCCCUGGCAAUUCAUUUGUAACAUCAUUUCAGCAAUGUAAUAAAUAGUUCCUAUUAAGUGUAUUUCUUUCACUAGUAAGUGACAUACACUCAUUUCAACACUGAUAAGUUAAAAUAUGUACACUAAGAAAAUGUGACCAAAGCACAGACAUAAAGAUGAUAGAUAUCAUGGAUAUAUUUUUUUUAAGUUUGUUUUAUUGAAGCUUCAGACUAUUAAUGCUUUUCUACAGAUUAUUAUCUGUACAAUUUCAUGGUGUUAAUAAGAAGAACAAAUGAGCAAAGCUCAGGCAAUUUAUGCUGGUCUUAUAGAAAAAAUGUUUUUUAAAAAAUUUUAAAUAAAGUGCAAUAAGAUCCUAAAGCUGGUAAUGAUGAAUAGCUAUUAAUAUUUCUAUUAAUGCUCUAUAAGAGGAAUAUAAUUUUAAGUGAUGGCAGUGACUGAUAAUAUUAAUUUCAGUAUUAGCACAAUGUCUUGCCAGUGUUGAUGGAGUCAAUGUACUAUUUAAAUUCAACUGGAUGAAAUAUUCAAUAAACUCAGAUUGAAAUGAAA